UCGAUGGAGGGAAAGAUCUCCUAGGUGCUGCAGCAAAGAUGCUGAAUAGUCUGUAGAGCAUCUCAAAGGGCGAAUAAAAUAACAGCCAUGCCAUGCAAAACAGUACUUCUGAUUAUUGCCACUCUGCAUUGGCUCAUGACAUAUAAAUGCGGUGGUGGCAAUGUUGCCUUUGCAGACGCUUCAAUCAUCCCAGUGGGAGAUCCCAAUAUAGCAGUGGGAAAAAUAUCAUCCCAAUCCAGCACAUUUGAAGAAAAGGGGAUAUCCAGGAAGGCCAUAGAUGGGUCACUGGCAAACAGCUAUGUUAAUGGAGACUGCACUCUGACGAAUCAAGACUUUGAGCCCUGGUGGAUGGUAGAUUUGAUUUCAGCAUUUCAAGUAUCUGCGGUGGUGAUCACCAACCGAGGAGACUGUUGUGAGUCAAGGAUAAAAGGAGCUGAGAUCCUGAUUGGAGAUUUGCCACAGAACGGAGGCACAAUGAAUCCCAGGUGUGCUACCAUCACUAGCAUGGGGAGUGGGGAGACAAUGUCCUUCAACUGUGCAGGGAUGCAAGGACAGUAUGUGACCAUUACAAUCCCUGGGAGAAAUGAGUUCCUUUCCCUCUGUGAAGUUCAAGUGCUUGCACACCCAUGGCUUCACAUUGUUCACGAUGGAGGACGGAGUCCCGUCAGAGACAGUGAAACAGAUUUGGGACUGCAAGGCCGAGUUCUGAGUUUUCUCAAUCAAUCAAAGAGCGGUUUUGUUGUUAUUUCUCCAAUGCAGUCUUUGAGUCUGAUGGAGUUCACACUGUGUAUGCGGGUCGUAGUUGGGGAUUUGGGUGAACGCAAAGUGAUUCUCUUCUCCUAUCACUCUCAAUAUGAUGAGUUGAGGAUCUUCCGUGAAGCAAAAGGCCGCUUUGGCUUACACAUGGGGGGUCAGAGUGUGGUGUUUGUUCUCCCUGAUCUUAGCACUUUGGGGAGUCACAUAUGUGUGACCUGGGAAUCUGAGUUGGGCCUCACGGCCUUUUGGAUAGAUGGAAAAAGAAGCAUUCGGAAGGUGUACAAAGUGGGGCAUGUUCUUCAAUCAGGGGGCACGGCCAUGCUGGGCCAGGAUCAGGGGGUGAGAAGUAUGUCUGAACAGAAAGAGUGGCGUUUUGUGGGAGAAAUAACAGAUCUCUACAUGUGGGAUUAUGUACUCAAAUCUCAUGAUGUGCAAGAAGUGUUCCAGGUUGGUCAGUUUCCACGAGGAAACAUUUUUGAUUGGAAUACUUUAUCCUACAAAAUCACUGGAAGUGUGAAGGUAUUACCUAAGGACGGGCACUUGAGAUUUUCCUGGGCCUUAACUGCCAUUUUAGAUAUCAUUCAAAAAAGGCCAUUUCCACAAAGAACCAUGAGACAUUUUCUCUCUCUGAUUUUGGCCACCCUGACAGCAUUGUCUGCCUCCAAAGCCAACAAUGUGGCCCUUUCAGGAGAAGUCUACCAAUCCAGCACAUAUAAUCCCAUUGGAAUUGCUAGGAAUGCUAUUGAUGGUUCUUUGGAAGGUGAUUUUUCAAAUGGUUCCUGCACCCACACAAACAAUGAAAAUAACCCAUGGUGGGUAGUAGAUCUACUGGCAGAAUAUGAUGUAUUCUGGGUCAGUAUUACUAAUCGAAAAGAUUGUUGUUCACAUCGGAUAAUUGGAACUGAAAUCCGGGUUGGGAAUUCCAUAGAGAAUGGAGGCACCAGAAAUCCCAGAUGUGCUACAAUCAACUUUUUGGCCCCAGGGGAUACACAAAGAUUUGACUGUGAAGGUUUUCGAGGACAGUUUGUGACUGUUAACCAACCAAUGGGAGGAAUGCUCACACUUUGUGAAGUUCAGGUAUUUGGUCAGCAGAGGGAGGUACCCAUUGAAUUUGAAUCUGACGAAGGAGAACAUUUCCAGAUGUCUGUCCCGAAUGUGGCUCCUAAGGGGAAGGUGUUCCAAUCCAGCACCUAUAAUGCACUUGGAGACCCAGAGAAUGCUAUUGAUGGCUCUAUAACUGUUGACUAUAUGCGUGGACACUGCAGCCACACGGAGCUAGAAGUUCAACCAUGGUGGACAGUGGACUUGACAGCAAAGUUUCAAGUGUCCAGAGUUAGCAUCACAAAUCGAGGAGACUGCUGUGCAGAACGGUUAAAUGGGGCACAAAUUCUUAUUGGGAAUUCCCCAGAAAAGGGAGGGAUCACAAAUCCAAGGUGUGCUACAAUCAGAUCACUGGGACAAGGGAAAACAGCUGUAUUUGACUGUGGAGAAAUGCAAGGGCAGUAUGUAACUGUGACCAUCCCAGGUGUACGGAUGCUCACGCUGUGUGAAGUCCAAGUGUUUGGCACAAAGGUCAUAUCCUCUGAAGGCUUGGACACUGCUAAUGAGACAGAAGACAUGUCUGGAAGAAAAGAAGAAGCAGAAGUUAUUUCAGCAAUUGCAAAAUGGACGAAACCAAGAGAACUGCCAAACCUAUGGGAAGACCAUCAUAAUUCUUCUUUAGUUGUCCGCAAUGUGGCCAUUAAUGGACAGGCAUCCCAGUCCAGCUCUUACAAUUCCUUAUCAUCCCCUGCACAUGCCAUCGAUGGGUCUACAGCUUCCAAUUAUUUACUUGCGCAGUGUACCCACACAAGUAAAGAGAGCAAUCCAUGGUGGAUGGUGGACCUGAGGGCAAGAUUUCGAGUGCUCAGUAUUGUUGUCACUAACAGAGGAGAUUGCUGUGAGGAGCGGAUACGAGGUGCUGAAAUCCGAAUCGGAGAUUCAAAAGAUAGAGGAGGCACUGCAAAUCCCAGGUGUGCCAUAAUUACCUCACUGGGUUUGGGUGAAACUGGCAAAUAUGAGUGUGAUGAAAUGUCUGGACAAUAUGUGACUAUCACCAUUCCACAAAGAAACAGUUAUCUCUCCUUGUGUGAAGUACAAGUCUAUGGUCAGCGGAUAAUUCCCCCAGUCCGCAAUGUAGCCUAUGAUGGAAAGGCAUAUGAGUCCAGCUCCUUCAAUUCACUAUCAGUCCCUGAACAUGCUAUCGAUGGUUCUACAGCUGCAAAUUAUUUACGUGGGCAUUGCACCCACACAAAGCUAGAAGUUAAUCCAUGGUGGAUGGUGGACUUGAGGGCCAGAUUUCGAGUACUCAGUGUUGUUGUCACCAACAGAGGAGAUUGCUGUGAGGAGCGGUUAGACGGUGCUGUAAUCCUAAUUGGAGACUCGAAAGAUAGAGGAGGCAUUACAAAUCCCAGAUGUGCCACAAUUACCUCACUCCGUAUGGGUGAAACUCACAAAUUUGAGUGUAAUGAAAUGCCCGGACAAUAUGUGACUAUCACCAUCCCAGAUAGAAGCAAUUAUCUCUCUGUGUGUGAAGUACAAGUCUUUGGGGAGCGCAUCAUUCCCCCAGUACCCAAUGUGGCUCUUAAAGGGAAGGCCUUCCAGUCCAGCCUCUACCACAAACUAGGUUUGGCAGAACAUGCCAUCGAUGGAUCUACUGCAGUUGAUUAUUAUCGCCAGUCCUGCACUCACACAGAACUUGAAAUGAAUCCUUGGUGGAUGGUGGAUCUGGAGGCAGAAUUUAGUGUGGCAAGUGUUAGUAUCAGUAAUCGGGAAGACUGCUGUGCAGAUCGAUUAAAUGGAGCUCAAAUCCUGAUUGGAAACUCAGUGGAGAAUGGAGGUUUGAAGAAUCCCAGGUGCGCGGUGAUCACUGCAAUUGGUGCUGGAGAAACUGAAAAUUUUGAUUGCAAAGGAAUGAAGGGGCGAUAUGUUACAGUGACUAUCCCCAGUGUUCAGUAUCUCACUCUGUGUGAAGUUCAAGUGUUUGGCGUCAGGGUUGAUUCCUCUGAAACCUAAGAUGUCUUAGAGUCUUCUAAGACUCAGAAGAAGGAAGCAUCAAAUCCAAAUCACUUUGGCAAGGUUUUUGUUUUCUCAGCAAAACAAAAAUACGUAACCUAUGUUGUAUUCCACUCCUGUAUCACACAAUGGUCCUCUCCUGUUAAACAGCCAUUUUCAAAAAUACUCUGUGAUUGGGACUCUUCCCUAUCACACCUUGAGAAUCUUUCCAACAUUCCAACACACAUAUCCUCCUGAAAUAUAAAUGAAAACAAUUUUACCUUUAAAAAUACCCCUUUCCUCCCCUGGGCGGCAGACAGGUUCCUGAUCAGAAUAGAUUAUAAUUUCCUGAAUGUAACUGGCAGAGAAAAGUGAUCAAUAGCUACUGAUCUAUUUGAUCUCUCCCUUGACUUCAUGUAGCAGCAAUUACUUAGCAUGUCUGAAGGAGGAAAGAGCAAGUAAGGGGGAGGGGGUUAAUGAAAUAAAUGCUUUCUUGAAACUGUAAA